AUGCCAACCUUGACUAGGUACAUAGAUGGAUGUAGGAGUUUAGAAUUCUGUCAAAUGCCUAGAUAGUCGUUUCCUUUCUUCGUUCUCAUUCUCAUUCCUUCAUGAUGCUCUGGAUCUACGUUAUUGGUACUUACAUUUGCUGGUUGUCUUAUGUGGCUGCCAGCUGCACUCAAGUCAGAUUGUCUGUCAGAUUGUCUGUCAGAGAGUCCAGCAUAGCCCCGCCACAGCUGGCGGAUACAUGGGUACCUCUCCGUAGCAGAUGGAUUGCUGGCGGGUCGAGGCCGCAAGCACCUGCUAAUCUGGUUAGUCUGGUUGUUCGCAAUCGAGAUGCGCAACUGCAACUCGCAUCCAACUUCAAAGCCAUUAUAUUUGCAGUAUAGCGUCUUCCAUAACGCAGCACGCCUUGUUCGCCUGUGUUAUCCAAUGAUACUCUGACCAGACAAAAUACAACGGCCCAGACAGUGACAAUGUCGCCUACCGAGCCCUCACAACAAGCCACUUCAACUCCAAAAAAGAAGAACAACAAGAAGAAAAAGAACGCCCCCAAGUCGAAGCCCACUGAAGACGGCGUCAAAGCUCCCGAGGCAACACAGAAUGGCGACCAACACGAAAUCGAGGGCGAUCAAUCUGACGACGACGAAGCGCCGCCCACUGUAACAUCAGCCGACGUGAAGGACCAUGCGAACGGGCAUGAUGUUCCACCCUCAACCAAUGGGCAUCCUGUUACACACCAGCUAUCCGACCCUGACACAACGGCGCGGCUGGACGCUAUGACAAAAGAACGGGAAGAUCUCAAGGCAGAGGUAGAGGAACUAAGGAAACAGCUCGAAUCCAUACAAACCGCCCAUACAGAAGAGACGACGCAACUAAAGUCAGAGCUUGAAGAAGUUGAGUCGGCCAAGGAGCAAGUAGAGGAGCAAUACCAGAAUCUUGUUGAAAGGGUCGAAAAAAUCAAGGAGAGUGUGGGUAAUCGACUGGCGCGAGGCAAGGAGGAACUAGAGGAGGCGAAUCAACGCAUAGAAGAGCUUGAGGCGCAAAAUGAAGAACUCCAAAAGGGCGCCCAAGCAUUCCAAGAACAAAUAACGGGAUUGCAGACAGAACUACAAGAUGCCACUAGAGAACUGUCGAGCCUGCGUAGCCGGAACAAUCUUUCGCAACAGAACUCACUGAAGGAGAAAGAGGAUAUGGCUCGCCAGAUCCAACACCUUAGAGAAGAAGCCGAAGCAGCCAAAGACGCUAUGGGUGACUGGGAGGUUUUAGCCAUGGAGGAGCGCUCCAUUAGGGAGAGUUUGGCCGAGAAAAGCUCAGCGCUCGAAGAGCAACUUGAGAGUCUCCGGGAGAACUAUGAGCGCGCAGCAUCUGAACGAGAUACCCAGUCGCAAGCAGUCGAUAGCUUGCAGAGAGCCCUUCAAGAAAUCCAGGAAGCUCGCAAGAGAGAACUACGAGAAAUGGUAGAAACUUCCGAGGAGCAACUUCAAGAGCUGAAGAAGCUCGUUCAAGAAGCCGAUACAAGGGCGUCAGAAGCUGAAGCAGCAAGAGUAUCAUUGCAGAAGGAAGUCGAGCGUACAUCACCCUUUGAGAAAGAGGUCAAGGAAAAGAACCUGCUUAUCGGAAAACUGCGCCAUGAAGCGAUUGUUCUCAAUGAUCAUUUGACCAAAGCUCUCCGAUAUUUGAAGAAAACAAAACCCGAAGAAAGUAUUGACAGGCAAAUUGUCACAAAUCACUUUCUACAAUUCCUCACCUUGGAUCGCUCGGAUCCCAAGAAGUUCCAAAUUCUUCAAGUCAUUGCUGGCUUAUUGAAUUGGACAGAUGAGCAGAGGGAACAGGCUGGUCUGGCGCGUCCAGGCGCAUCCAGCAACUCUCUUCGCCUCCCUACAUCUCCGUUCCACAGGACGCCGAGUACCCCAUCCCUCAACGCGGAGUUCUUCUCGGAGCCCACACCGACAUCCGCUAACAAGGAGUCACUCGCCGAUUUGUGGGCUGGUUUCUUGGAAAGGAGCGCAGACGAGGCUUCCCAGGGCCCAUCGAGAAAAGCAAGUAUGUCGAGUAUAGCCGCAGGUCCCAAACCAGAAACCAAGGGUAGUUAACCUCUACAUUAAAAUCCAACUCAGCAAUCUAGCUUUCUCGAAUUUCAGACAAACACCACCAUCACCUACCCAUCUUUGUCU